CGGCGGCCGGCACCCACACCGCCAGAGCCUGCAAGCUGGUGACUGCCGCUGCUGCGCGUCCUCGUCUUCCCGCGUCACUGCUGCCGCCAUGCCUGGAGGUCUCCUUCUUGGGGACGAGGCUCCCAACUUCGAGGCCAAUACUACCAUCGGCCGUAUCCGUUUCCACGACUAUCUGGGAGACUCAUGGGGCAUUCUCUUCUCGCACCCUCGGGAUUUCACCCCCGUGUGUACCACGGAGCUCGGCAGAGCCGCAAAGCUGGCACCCGAAUUUGCCAAGAAGAACGUGAAAAUGAUUGCCCUCUCAGUGGAUAGUGUUGAAGACCAUCUUGCCUGGAGCAAGGAUAUCAAUGCUUACAAUGGUCAGGAGCCCACAGAAAAAUUACCUUUCCCCAUCAUUGAUGAUAAGAAUCGGGACCUUGCCAUCCUGUUAGGCAUGCUGGACCCAGCAGAGAAGGAUGAAAAGGGCAUGCCUGUGACAGCUCGUGUGGUAUUUAUCUUUGGUCCUGAUAAGAAGCUGAAGCUGUCUAUCCUCUACCCAGCAACCACUGGCAGGAACUUUGAUGAGAUUCUCAGGGUAAUUACCUCUCUCCAGCUGACAGCGGAAAAGAGGGUUGCCACCCCUGUUGAUUGGAAGGAUGGCGAUAGCGUGAUGGUUCUUCCAACCAUCCCUGAAGAUGAAGCCAAAAAAAUUUUCCCUAAAGGAGUCUUCACCAAAGAGCUCCCGUCUGGCAAGAAGUACCUCCGUUACACGCCCCAGCCGUAGUCCCCCAAGGAGGUGGUUAGCACAGUGAGCCAGGGGACGCCAACUGCCAGUCAUGUUCUCCUGCACCUGUUCCAUAACAACAUCCUGGUGUGAUCACAGCCAAGGCCUUUAGGUUGCUAUACUACUGGCUUAUUAAACAAAAUGGCACUAAAAAUUUCUUGGGAUCCUUUCCUCUGUGCCUUCACCAGCAUUCUGUUCUGUUCCUGCACCGUAGCACUCUCUGCUGUCUCUGAAAUGUAGUCUGUAUGUGAGAUUCAAGUCUUGGAUGUCUACAGGAUGUGGGGUCGAUGAGGUAGUGUCAGUUGAUGGUGGAGAAAGUCUGUUCUGCUCCAUCAUAGAAUGACUGUCAGGUUUUCAGCUGUUCCAAUCAAAUCCAGAACUUGACGUUCAGAUUCCCCUGUAGAUACGAGUAUAUAACCCAAAAACCUGUACAGUAUCCAGAAAUUCUCCACUCUUCAGGGUUUUGAUCGCAGCGGGGGCAACAAACUUUUCAAUUCUAUACUUUUUCAGUAGAUAACUGAAGUGGGAUGAGCGGGGGAGGAAUCUUUAAAUAUUUUGCUAUAACGAAAAUUUUUCGAGAAAUUUCUAUUAAAAAAGAGAGGCUAUAGAAGAAGUUCCACUUGCCUGCCUGCCAGGGAGGUGGACCAGGAGGUGUGAGCGAUACGACAGUGCCAUGUGCCUUUCAUGCAAAGUAUUUCCAUAUGUCUGUCUGCUCUACACUGAUGGGCGCAAGAGCACACCUUGGGAAGAAAGGAGGAAAUGAUUGAAAAUGUUUUGUUAUAGAACUAUUCUUGCAGUGAGGGGGUGGGGCUGUUUUCUGAGUUUUGCUUUUUGGGGAUCAGCAAAUAAAUUCUUUGUUAAAACUGGAUCAGAGAAUUCUGUUGUCACGUUUUGAAGUACUAGUUUAGACUCCUGACCCAAAGGGCAGAGCUUUGCUCGCUAGGAUCGGCAUCAGUACUUUUCUCCAAAGGCAGAUACGUGAAAUUUCUUGUGACGAAAGUGGAGGAGCAGCUGACGAACAAGGAGAUUUCACCACAUCUCUUGGCCCACUUCGCUCCUUCCUGUUACUUCCCUGGGUCCUUGGGUUUGUGACCCCCCCCUGCUGUAAAGAGCUCUCCUAACAUAUUACUUUAAUUGGAUUUACAAGGCUUAAGAAUAUGAAUCUUGAGGAGAGUAGUACACCUGUGCGUUUCUGGAAAGAAUACUAACUACUGUGAACUCAUGGUCUCUCACACUUUUGUUAGGCUGUGCUGAUAAGUCCUGGGUUUAGAAAGAAGUGUCCCAUACCUAGUAUAGUCCCUUGCAUGUAGCCCUCCAUAUUUUUUUAUUGAGUAGAAUAAUGUAAAACAUGAUGCCUGGUGCCAUAUGGUAGACGAGUCAUUAAGUCUUUAGUUUCCUUGAAUUCUCCACAUGUAAAAUUUGAGUGACACCAAGAAGGUUGGGAAGGUAGUGAAAAUUUCAAGUUACCCAAUAUCCUGAGGAGUCCUGGUCUGAAAGACCCAAGAGGAAUGUGUCUUGCUCUUACCUCUUCGAGUCACAAUAUACUUUGCCCUUAAAGAACCAAUACCUGGACCUCUUAUAGGAUAUCUCCUAACUAGUCCUUGGAUCUUCCGUCUCCUGUCACCUUUCCAACUAUUCAGUUCUUGCUGCUCUCUUUUCUUCCCUUGGCUAUUUGAUGCCUCUUGUCCUUGUCUCUUGGAGUCUGGCUUCAACUUUCUUUCAUGGUGACAAUCCAGCAUCUAAAUCUCCGUUAAUUUUUCAGUUAUUCAACACUUGAGUGUUGAUCUUUAUUGACGGAUGGAACGUGUGCCAUUGGAUUUGCAAAUUCAAAAUCAAAUUCAUCAACUUCCCCCAAUAAAUGUAUUGCACCCCUCA